UAUAUUUGUAAUACUACAACAAAUUCCCUCAUCUCGAACAAAUAUUUUAGACCUAUCUCGAAGAGUAACUAUGCAUGUAAGCCAUGAGUUUAAUAAUCUCACAAGCUACAAACAUAAACCCCAAGUUCACAGAACUCACAUUUUAUCUCACACAUUAACUUCUACAAAUCACAUCAUGCACAGAACAAAAAAUAACUUAUGGAAGAACAAAAUUUCUAUCAAAUCUUGUUACAAUAUGCAUAUAUAGUGGUUCUCCUUGCUUUAAAUGUUGCACCACAAACUCUAAAGUAAAAAACCAUGGAUCCAUUUGAAACAAUAAUUUACUAAAACUAAGAGUCCAACAACAUCCUUUCCUAAGGGUUUGAUAUAUGUUUGUCAAAAAUUAGAAGGGGAAAAAUAGAAAGAUGGGGGUUGGUCGGCUAUUUUGACAAACAAAAAAAGAUCUAAAAAUUGCCUAGAUCCCCUCCUCAUUCUAAGUUAUAUCCUCCAACUCCAAGAAAAGUGGAAAGAAAUUGAUGCUGAAAAAAGAGGAGAAGAAGUGCUUGGAAGGGGAAAAUUUAGAAAAAUGAUUACCUCCCUUAGAAAAACAGCAAAAGCAAGAAUGUUUUGAUGUAGUCUUCUUGUUCUUCUUCCCAUAGGCCAGAAAUAGGCAUUGUUUUUCCUAAGAAUUUUCUCUUCCUCAGAAUCCCACCAACCUUGUUCCCCCCAUUUUUUAUCCCUUCUCAUCAAUCAUUUCCAACUUCUUCUUCCUAAUCCUUCUCCAAUCCAGCCUAACAAUGGCUGCCACUCUGAUUCUCUCUCUUCUUUGAUCUUUCUCCCAAACUUCCCCCCCUCCUCUGCCCCUCCCUCUGUCCAAUUUCUACACCAAUUUUACAGGCAGGAUGGCCUUCUGGAACAAUCACCUCCACCUCCAUUUCUCUCUCUCCUUCCUCGGCCUCCUGUCUCUCCUCCUGAUCUCCGCCACCGCCACCGCAACCUCCACCGCCGGAAUCCGCCUCGGCAUCAUCCGCAAGCCGUCCUCCGAUGUUCCUGUCUUCCGCGAAGCUCCCGCGUUCCGCAAUGGCGAUGCCUGCGAUAGAGACGAGAAGAUCCACGUCGCGAUGACGCUGGAUUCAAAUUACCUGCGAGGAACGAUGGCGGCAGUGCUGUCGAUUCUGCAGCACUCGACGUGCCCGGAGAACGUGGAAUUCCACUUCCUGUGGGCGAGAUACGAGCCGGACGUGUUCUCGUGCAUCAAAUCGACGUUCCCGUACCUGAAAUUCAAGGUCUAUCGAUUCGACGCCGGUAGGGUUCGGGGAAAGAUUUCGAAAUCGAUCCGGCAAGCGCUGGACCAGCCGCUGAACUACGCGAGGAUUUACUUGGCGGAGAUUCUUCCGGCCGACGUUAAAAGAGUGAUUUAUUUGGAUUCCGAUUUGGUCGUCGUCGACGAUGUUGCAGAGCUUUGGGGAGUGGAUUUGGGAGAGAAGGUCUUAGCAGCUCCAGAGUAUUGCCAUGCCAACUUCACAAAGUACUUCACGGACCCGUUCUGGUCAGACCCGGAGCUAGCAAAGACGUUCGACGGUCGCAAGCCAUGUUCCUUUGGCGAUGUGUUCUUAGCCAAACUCAUCAAACAAGGAGUCCACAAUGUUGUUCUCAAGCUGUCGGAGAAAGAUGUGAAGGAGUAUCUCAAAAUGAUGUUGAAAGGACUUUCAUGCAUUCACGGUUGGGGGUUUGUGGAUGCUGAUCUCAAACCUGCUAAUGUUCUUGUGUUCCCUCAAGAAGAUGGCAAGAUGAAGUCGAAUUAA